AAAAUUACUGCUAUUGUCAGCUAUUGUAGCGGUGUAUUAUUUUACAACGCAGUAAAAUCUUCAUAAAAUACAUGUAAUUUUGUGUAUAUUAUAGGAUAUUAUUAAACUGAGUGCUUAAUUUCUGAAGGAGAAAAGUUACCAAACAAAAUGGCAUCGGAAGGAAAAUUAUAUCCAACAGCAGCAAAGUAUGAGCCUAUCAAAGUGGAGGGAUUGAAGGAAGGUGAUACAAAGUAUUGGUGCAGAUGUGGACUUAGUAAGAAUCAGCCUUGGUGUGAUGGGUCACACAAAGGAACAGCGAUAACUCCGAUGAAGUGGACAGUUCCAAAAACACAAGAUGCUUACUAUCUGUGUGCAUGUAAACAAACAAAGAAUGAACCACUAUGUGAUGGUAACCAUAAGAACGCAAAGGAGAUUCUUGGUGAACAGGCUGUGAAGUGCGAGGAUAAGAACAACCACAAUAAAAACUGUGCACUUUGCACACGCUGUGGUUGGAACCCAAAUCUUGAGUUUUAAAUCAUAUAUUCAAAGUAUUUAGUAUAUUCCAUAUAUUUCUAGAGAGCUAUUUUUUGUAAUAGUAAUGCAUUCUACAUUUAACUAAAAUGUGUCCUAAUUAAUUGUGUUUGUUUUAUAUAAGUAUGAUAAAAAUUGUUAUAGUAAUAAACCUUACAAAUGUA